CUUGUAAUCAGUUCUCUUGCCUUUCUCCUUGGGCAUUUUAGCUAUGACAAUCGUGCUUCAAAGAAGUCAAAGCACAAAAACAGAGGAAGCAGAGUUCAGAGGUGGGAAGAAGAUCAAGAACAAGAAGAAUAGCAAUAAAUGGAGCAAAGCCCAAGAUCUAAGAGCAACAAAAGGGAGCGGGGAAUCAAUCGGCGCUGCUCUGCUGCAAGCUCUUCAUCUCAGAGUUGUGAAACUCGACGACUGAACGCAUCGAAACGGCGGCGAGGCGGGACCCGGAGACUGUGAUCGUGAACAAGUUCCUCGACCGAGCUGAUAACAGAUUCCGAUACACUCUCGUCUCCUCCAUCGUGGUGCUUGACAACACCAGAACCGCCAUUUACAGCCCGCUGCGGCAGUUAGUGGUGGCGAUGGCGGCCUACGCAGCGAUAAAUUAAAUUUCGUAAA